AUGGAAACUGCUUUAAAUCAAAGAACUCACAACAUUCUAAUUUCUAUUAAGGAAAAUAUAUAAAUUAAAUUUGAAGAAAGAAUAAAAGAAAUAUUAUCAAUUAUCACUGACAUUCCUUUUCAUUUUAAUACUUUUUUUGUUAAACCAAUAAAAAUAGAAUAAAUUGAAAAGUGUUAAAGUAUUUGUUUUAACAAUAAUGAUUCUCUUAUAGCAACAACAGUAGGAAAAUCAAUUUAAAUAUGGAAUUUUUAAAAGGGAGAAAUUUAAUAAAAAGGUUUACCGUUAGUUGGACAUAAAAGUGAUGUUACUACAAUAUUAUUUAGCAGAAAUCAAGUUGAAUCAUUCAUUUCAGGAGGAGAUUUGGGAGAAAAUUCAAUUAUUAUGUGGUCAUUACAAAAUAAUACAUGGAUACAAACUGUGCCAAUAAUUUAGGAGAUUGGAGGUUUUAGAUCUAUGAUUUUAAAUAAAAAGGACAAUAAAUUAUUUACUGCUGAUUCUUAAGGUUAUAUAAAACUUUGGAAAGUAGAUUUUAUCAAUAAAUUAAUUGAGAAAGAAUAUGAAUUUCCAAAGCCAUUUGGUUAAGUUUGGGAAAUCAGCCUUAAUGAUUCGGAAACAUCAUUGAUUUCAUGUGUAGAAGAUCAUAAAAUUAUACUUUGGAAAAAAUAAUCAGAGAAAAAUUGGUUCAUUAAGUAAGAAAUAAGAUUAAAAUCCUAACCAUUGAGAAUUAAAUUUUUAAAUGACAACUAUUUUAUUUGUUGUACUGAACAUGAUGGAUAUUUAAAGGAAUUUAAGCUAAAAAAAGAACUAUUUGUUGAAAAGAUUUUGAAUAAAAUUAAAUUAGAUCAGCAGAAUUAAGACAUGCCUAGCUUCCCAAUUUAACAAAAUCGUAACAUAAUUUUUGUUAAGCAUAACAAAUUCAUACAUUUUUUAAGAAAGAAUGAAUAAGGUUUGAUUUAAAGAUAUUAAAAAAUAUCAUUUUAAGACAUGUACAUAUCUGGAGCCUUAUCAAAUAAAAAAUAAAUUUUAAUGAUUUGGAGUAAUGGAUAAUAUUAUUUAUUUAAAGUGGGAGUUUGA